AUGCUACUCAACACUCCAUACACUCCCGUGCCGCUCGUCGCACUGCCGGUUCCCCCUCCUCCCCUGAUCUCCAAAUCACUUACCCAUCCCCCCGAACCCACAAUCCUCCUUCCACACACUUCCUCCGGCAUCCUCAAGCGCAAUUCCCAUCAGAAUCCCCUCAGGCGCAAGCAACGCCUUCGCUUAGAAGCUGGUCGAACUAAAGCGGAGAAUGUACUGGAGCGUACGAAGGUGAAGAUGAUUGACAGUGAAGGGAGAGGCGCAAGGAAGAAAAGGCGAAGAGGGGAGUGGAAGGACAUUGAUGGAAUGAUAGAGCGGGAGGCUGCGCGGGAGACUAUGAGGAAAGAACGGAGAAAACUUAGGAAUCGAAAUGGUCUUGGACGAAGUGUGGGGGUUAGCCCGGGGGCUGAAUGCGAGGAAUGGAAGGAUGAAAUGGAUGUGGGAGAAGGGGGAAAAGGCAUGGAAGUGGGGAAUGAAAAGCUCGUAAUUCACGACGAAAAGGCGGCGGUCGAAGCAACCGAUGUGGAAGAUGGUGCAGAAGAGAACGAGGAUGAGAUCUUAUGA